AUGGCGGAUUCGUCCAAUUCAGCAGCGCCCGCAGGGGCUGCUAAGCCCCAGGCUGCUCCCAAGCCACCUAAUCCUGUCUUCAAAAUGAUGGGUCUACCUAACAUUCGAUUCAAACUCCCUUCCCGAAAUUGGAUGAUCUUCCUUACUAUUACUGGAUCCUUUGCCGGUGCUAUUAUCUACGACCGCCGAGAAAAGCGCCGCUCGCAGCAAAAAUGGUGUGAGCUUGUUGCCCAUCUUGCGAAAGAGCCGCUGCCUGUUGAGGAGAUGCGCCGCAGAUUGACCGUGUACCUCGCCGCGCCGCCGGGAGAUGGUCUGAAAGUUGCUAGAGACCAUUUCAAGGAAUACGUGAAGCCAAUCCUGACGGCUGCGGCCUUGGACUAUACCGUGGUGGAGGGCCGACGGGAAGGCCAGGUGCGCGCCAGCACAGCGGAGAACAUCCGAAAGUUGAGGCGCAAGGCCGGCGAGUCGAGCACAGAUGCUCACAAGCCCAGUGUUGAUGAAGUUGUGCUGGCGACACGGGAGUCAAUCGGCAUUACAGACGAACCCGGUCCCAAGGGUGACUUGGUGAUUGGGCGACACACCUGGAAGGAGUAUGUCCGAGGUUUACAUGAGGGCUGGCUGGGCCCCAUGGAUGCUCCAGCUCCUCCAGUCGUUGAUGUUCCAGUUCCGGAGAUGUCCGAAGAGCCAAUCCAGGAGAUUGCGGCCGUGGACGCUCCCGUCGAGGGCCAGUCUCAGGUAGAGACCCUCGAAACGCUCGAGAAGAAAAUCGAAGAGGAAAAGAAGGAAGAAGCGAAAGCAGAGGAGAAGAAGGAGGAGAAGCCAUCCAAGCCCGCCGGACCUACCCCUGCCUAUAUUACAACUGCCGAAUAUCCCUCCGCUCACCUCGCCCCCUCUCUCCCACAGUCUUUCGACAGCUCCGUCCCCAUCGAAUUCCCCCACAUCCUCGGCUUCCUGAACACCCCCAUCCGCAUGUACCGCUACCUCAACCAGCGCCACCUCGCCGAGGACAUCGGUCGUGAGGUCGCCAGUCUAGUCCUCGCCAACAGCUCGAGACCCUAUCGUGACGAUUCCUUCAGCGCGGAUUCCGAGCUGAGUGGUGCCGCCGUCGAUUCCACCCCCUCCCCCGAUGGCUCUGCUACCGACGUUCCACGUGGUACCUACGAGCAACAAAUUGCUUUGGAGAAGGAAGAGAAGGAAUGGCACAAGUCCGUCCGCAAGCGUGAAGAAGAUGAGCUGGAGCGCGAGUGGCUAGAUGACAUUGUCCUGGACCCGCGCAUUGCCUCGCGCAUGAACAUUACGAUCCUUUCUCCUGAAGACGAGGCCCGUUCUAAGCGCAUCGCUGAGCAGAAGGAAUACAUCCUAGGCGAGGAGCGUCCAGCGCCCGUUCCCUUCUGGAAGAGCAUGUGGAUUAAGUACGGAUAUGGUGAAGAUGAGGAGACCAUCCGCCGCAAGCCAAUCUAUGGCAACUAUGAUGGUGAGUUUGAUGCGUAA